AUGGCCAUGAAAGGCCGCUUCCCCAUCCGCUGCACCCUGCAGUACCUGGGCCAGGGUGAUGUUGUGUUCAAGGACUCGGUGAAGGUCAUGAUGGUGAAUUACAACUCGCACGAGGAGCUGGAUUCUGGGGAGCAGAUCCUGGUGGACAUGGAGACCAAGAGCAAUAAGGAGAUCAUGGCGCACAUCAGAACCAUCCUGGGGAAGAACGAGGAAACCUUCAAGAAGGAGGAGCAGGGGAAAAAGCAGUACUCUCACCCAGCCCACUUUGGACCCCUUAAGUACUGCCUGUGGGAGUGCAUCUGUGAAGUGCAGGGGCUGGUGCCCUGCCCAGCCCUGGUGCCAUUACCUAAGGAGAUGAGGGGGAAGUACAAAGGAGCUUUUAAAGCUAGCGCCCAGGACUGAGGCUUGGCCUAUGGGACUGAGGGGGUUGGGCCUGACCAUAUGGCCACAGGG